CCCACGGGGAAGCUGGCGAGAGAGCAGUGUUGUGUCCUGUUCUCAAGCGGGCAGGUUUCUGCUGGAGAUGGCCUCUGGCCUCCAGGGAAGGGGUGGCAGUGUGCGUGAUGAAGAAGGACAAGAGACACCACUGCUGGAAAAUAUACCUUCAUCCUCACCGGCCACUCAUGGUGCCUGGCCUCAUGCUUGGCACAGGGGACCCUAGUCUGCACUCAAGUUGUGUCCCCUCUAGGAAAAAAGGAAGACAAGGUCAGCAGAUCUUGAGCCAUGAGCAGACCAUUCCUCAGGUGGCGGAACUUUCCUGGAAGGAUGUUAUUAAUGCCUUGUCACUGGCCAACAUGGUCCUGGGGCUCUUCUCCAUCUUCUGCAGCUUCAGCAGGAAAUCCCUCUGUGCUUCCUGGAUGCUUUUGAUCAGCUUCCUGUUAGACAUGGCAGUAGGGACGAUGAUCAGGCACCUCCACAUCUGCCACAAAUUAGGACUUGAACUGAACGACUUCGCUGUCUUCACCACCUUUGGCCUGGCCUCGGCUCUGCUUCUUGGUGUGGAUGGGCCUCUGAAUGGGUUCCUGGCCGUCAUCUAUGUGUUAACCACUUCCUUCCGCCUGUGUUUUUACUCAACUGAAGGAGGGCCCCCUGCAUACAAAGGUCUACCUUGUCCCUAUGCUUCCUGUGUUUUGGCCUCCACCUGCCUACUGACCAAAGGCAACACAUUUAUCCUCUGCUGCAUGGCUUCACUCAUGAUUCUGUUCAUGAUCGACCAGAGUUGCUACCCACAUGAUGAAAUCCUGGAGUCCGAGAACUGGAAAAAAGUGGUUUAUACGGGAGGUGUGGUCAUGCUGUUUUUCUCCCCGUUCUCACUCACCGCCUUCUACUGCCUGAUUUGGUCGCUCUCCUACAUCUUCUUCCCAGAUGCCCUGUGGGGCAGGGGGGUUUGUAUUAAGCUCUAGCAAGGGGGGAACCAUGACUUCACUACUCCUGCUGGCUCUGUGGGUGCUGCACUUAGCACACUGGACCAAGACCUGCCUCAUCCUCACUAAAG